CAAUUGUCAAAAAGGUAAAACGAGGCGAUUGUCAGCCAUUUAUUAUCAUUUUUGAGAUACAAUUAAACAACUAUUUAUACCGGAAAAUUAUAAAUAAAAGAAUAUUCGGAUUGGUUUAAAGUUAAAAUUAACAGCCAUGGAAAACAUUCCACGCACACACGAAGAUAUUGAGGCACAAAUACGGGAAAUACAAUCUAAGAAAAAAGAGGUCCCAGCUGAUAUAUCUCCGGAUAAGGUAGCAAAAUUAGGCGAAGGUGGUUUUUUCGAUAACGAGAUUUAUGAAGGCAAAGGAAAAUAUGAAGGGUAUGUAACAUCUAUUGCUGCUAAUGACGAAGUGGAUGAUGAUGAAGAGGAUGUUGGAUUUUCUCAUAAAAGAACAGGUUUAGGAGCACCUGUAGCUCUUUUAAAUGAUGUUGCUCAGAGCGAUAAAGAUUAUGAUCCAUUUGCUGACCGUAGAAGAGCAACCAUUGCAGAUAGAGAAGAUGAGUACAGACAGAGGAGGAGAAGGAUGAUCAUAUCUCCUGAAAGAGUGGAUCCUUUUGCAGAUGGUGGAAAAACGCCAGACUUUCAAACCAGGAACUACUCCCAGAUUAUGAAGGAGCAACUACUAAAAGGGGAAGAAAAUGAGCUCCGCAAAAAAAUUAUUGAAAGAUCAAAGGAAGGUACAUUGAAACCAACAAAUGGUGAAGCUAAAUCGACCCCUAAGAAACGUGGUCGAUGGGAUCAAACUGUAGAUGAAGUUGUAGUGCCACAAAAGAAAAAAACCUUGAGCGUAUCUACUAGCAGCGCAUCUGCCACACCUGUUUGGGAGGGAGACAAAACACCGGCAGAUAUCCGUUGGGAUGAAACUCCAGGACAUAAGGGUAGCGAAACACCGGGCGCAACUCCAGGUCAAUCUACAAGGAUGUGGGACUCGACUCCAGGACCUGCAACUCCUGGAAGAGAAACGACGCCAGGCCACGGAGGAGAUAAAAGCACAUCCAGAAGAAACCGUUGGGAUGAAACACCAAAGACCGAACGGGAAACCCCUGGUCAUUCCAGUGGUUGGGCUGAAACUCCUAGAACCGACCGAACUGGAGCGGAUCUUAUACAAGAAACUCCCACUCCUGGCGCGUCCAAACGCAGAUCCAGAUGGGACGAGACUCCCUCUGCAACUCCAUCGCAAGUUAUGACGCCCGGGGCUAUGACUCCUACUACUCCUCAUGGCACUCCACAUGGUACUCCAAGUCACGGGCAUUCAACUCCUUUACUAACUCCCGGAGGCAGCACUCCAGUGGGUGUUAAAGCCAUGGCUAUGGCCACACCUACACCAGGACACCUAGCAUCGAUGACGCCUGAGCAAUUGCAAGCUUAUAGAUGGGAAAGAGAAAUCGAUGAGCGUAAUCGUCCAUACUCAGACGAAGAACUAGAUGCUAUGUUCCCUCCUGGUUACAAGGUCCUUCCUCCACCAGCUGGCUACAUACCAAUUAGAACCCCAGCUAGAAAGUUGACAGCCACGCCCACUCCUUUAGUUGGAGGAACGCCCACAGGCUUCUUUAUGCAGCAAGAAGAUAAACAAGCGAAAUAUUUGGAUAACCAACCAAAGGGACAGAACCUGCCGUUUAUGAAGCCAGAAGAUGCACAAUAUUUCGACAAACUUUUAGUAGACGUCGAUGAGGAAGCGCUUAGUCCAGAGGAACAAAAAGAACGGAAAAUAAUGAAACUGUUGCUGAAAAUCAAGAACGGCACUCCUCCUAUGCGUAAAGCAGCUUUAAGGCAGAUUACAGAUAAGGCGAGAGAAUUCGGUGCCGGACCGUUAUUCAACCAGAUUUUACCGCUAUUGAUGAGUCCUACCCUCGAGGAUCAAGAACGGCAUUUGUUGGUGAAAGUAAUCGAUAGGAUUCUGUAUAAAUUGGAUGAUCUGGUCAGGCCUUAUGUGCACAAAAUUCUCGUUGUUAUUGAACCCCUGCUUAUCGACGAAGAUUACUACGCUCGUGUGGAAGGUCGUGAGAUCAUAUCCAACCUCGCCAAAGCCGCCGGUCUUGCCACUAUGAUCUCUACGAUGAGACCUGAUAUUGACAACAUCGACGAGUACGUCAGAAAUACAACUGCGAGAGCUUUCGCCGUUGUAGCUUCCGCUUUGGGAAUUCCUUCACUGUUGCCUUUCUUAAAGGCCGUUUGUAGGUCGAAGAAAUCUUGGCAGGCCAGGCAUACUGGUAUUAAGAUCGUUCAGCAGAUCGCUAUCCUUAUGGGUUGUGCAAUUUUGCCACAUUUGAAAUCUUUGGUGGAGAUUAUUGAGCAUGGAUUGGUGGAUGAGCAACAAAAAGUCAGGACCAUUACAGCUUUGGGUAUCGCCGCCCUUGCUGAAGCAGCUACCCCUUACGGUAUUGAAAGUUUCGACUCCGUACUUAAACCUCUCUGGAAAGGUAUCAGAACUCAUCGCGGUAAAGGUUUGGCCGCUUUCCUCAAAGCUAUCGGUUACUUGAUUCCCCUUAUGGAUGCCGAAUAUGCGAACUACUAUACUAGGGAAGUAAUGUUGAUUUUGAUCAGAGAGUUUCAGUCUCCCGACGAAGAAAUGAAGAAAAUCGUAUUGAAGGUCGUGAAGCAGUGUUGUUCGACGGACGGUGUCGAAGCGCAGUAUAUCAAAGAGGAAAUUUUGCCGCAAUUCUUCAAGCACUUCUGGAACCACAGGAUGGCUCUGGAUAGGCGUAAUUACAGACAACUAGUAGAUACGACCGUUGAGAUUGCUAAUAAAGUUGGAGCUUCCGAAAUCAUCAAUAGAAUAGUGGAUGAUCUUAAAGACGAAAAUGAAGCGUACAGGAAAAUGGUAAUGGAAAGUAUUGAGAAAAUAAUGGGUAACCUCGGAGCUGCUGACAUUGAUUCUAGACUAGAGGAACAGUUGAUUGACGGUAUAUUGUACGCGUUUCAGGAACAAACUACAGAAGAUGUCGUUAUGUUAAAUGGUUUUGGUACCAUCGUCAAUCAACUUGGAAAACGCGUUAAACCCUACUUACCCCAAAUUUGCGGUACCAUAUUGUGGAGAUUGAAUAACAAAUCUGCCAAAGUGAGACAGCAAGCGGCUGAUUUAAUUUCAAGGAUAGCAGUCGUGAUGAAAACGUGUCAAGAAGAAAAACUCAUGGGACAUUUGGGUGUUGUACUAUAUGAGUACUUGGGAGAAGAAUAUCCAGAGGUACUUGGAUCCAUUCUUGGAGCUUUAAAAGCUAUAGUUAAUGUUAUAGGUAUGACAAAAAUGACUCCACCCAUCAAAGAUCUGUUGCCUCGUUUGACGCCAAUUUUGAAGAACAGGCACGAAAAAGUCCAGGAGAACUGCAUAGAUUUGGUUGGUCGUAUCGCCGAUAGAGGUCCAGAGUAUGUUUCUGCUAGAGAAUGGAUGAGAAUUUGUUUUGAGUUACUGGAAUUACUCAAAGCUCACAAGAAAGCGAUUCGUAGAGCUACAGUAAACACUUUCGGAUAUAUAGCCAAAGCUAUAGGUCCUCACGACGUGCUGGCCACUUUACUGAAUAACUUAAAAGUACAAGAACGUCAAAACCGCGUCUGUACAACCGUAGCCAUAGCCAUUGUAGCUGAAACUUGUUCUCCCUUCACCGUAUUGCCAGCUCUAAUGAACGAAUACCGCGUACCAGAAUUGAACGUCCAAAAUGGAGUUUUGAAGUCACUUUCUUUCCUUUUCGAGUACAUAGGAGAAAUGGGCAAGGAUUACAUUUAUGCCGUAGCUCCGCUCUUAGAAGACGCUUUAAUGGACAGAGACUUAGUUCACCGACAGACUGCUUGUGCUGCAAUAAAGCACAUGGCACUUGGUGUGUAUGGUUUUGGUUGUGAGGACGCGCUCGUCCAUUUGUUGAACUAUGUCUGGCCCAAUAUAUUCGAAACGUCGCCACAUUUGGUGCAGGCCUUCAUGGACGCCAUCGAAGGAAUGCGAGUAGCUUUAGGACCUAUUAAAAUUCUACAAUAUACCUUGCAGGGUCUUUUCCAUCCUGCAAGAAAGGUGAGAGAUGUUUAUUGGAAAAUAUACAAUUCUUUGUACAUUGGGGGACAGGACUCGUUAGUGUGUGGUUACCCGAGGAUAGCCAAUGAUCCUAAGAAUCAGUAUAUUAGAUAUGAAUUAGAUUAUGUAUUGUAAAUUGUUAAGAUAUUCUUAGUUUAGGUAUUUGUGAAAUAGAUUGAAUGUUGAAAUUUAACGGCGUAAGUUAUACUUAUAAAAAUAAAAUACAAAAGUGCAUGUUUAUUUUUUUUUAAAGCUAUUGCAUUAUUUUGAUUUAAUUCUAGACGGCACAAUAAUG